UAUGACGUCAUCACUACGGUUUACAUGACCAAUGAAACCUCUACAAAGCAAAACCGGUUCUGGUUUCACAAACCAUCCACGAGGCUGUAUUUUAACGUGGACUACGAUGUCGAUGACUUAUACCCGAUAUCGGAGCAGCUGACGAUUGAAGCCGUCGACAGUAAAGGAGCUACGGGGACGGCACGAAUCGACGUCAAAAUAGCAGACACGAACGAUAAUGUUCCCUACUGCAAUAUGACCGGCUAUAGAUCGCGACACGGCAACAUCUUCGUGUAUGACGUCGCUCAGGGAGACGGCACGGGGACGAUCAGCUCAAUCACGGCUGGGGAUAAGGAUCGCUCGGCGCCUAACAAUGAUGUAACCUUAACCGUGGUUGGCCAGUCUUCAAAUUACGUCACUUACGACAAUGGCGCCGUCGUCUAUGCUAAAACGUUCGACGACGAGCCAAACAUAAACCGGAAAAGGAGCCAGUUUGUGUACAUCGAAGCCAGGGACCACGGCUCACCGUCGCUGUCCUCGACAUGUAUUGUCAUUAUCUCGUACAGCACAACUACGACGACAACCACCACAACACCAAGUACAACGACAGUUACUACGACAGCUCAAAGCACAACACCCACUACGACGACACGAGAGCCAGGAUUCUUCGAACAGGAAGGCAACGUCGCCAUUUUUAGCCUGCUAAUGACUUUGUUAGGUCUCCUGCUAUUGGUUGGUUUGUACUUCCUGUGCCGCUGUUGCUGCAAAGGAUCGUGCUGUCCGUAUCAAGAACCACAAAUGCCGCCAUAUCGACAUUAUCCACCAAUUCGUGAUACCCCUAAUUACAAGGAACCUUUUAGAUAUAAUGAUCACGUUGAAGACGGCGUGGUGAUUAGUGCCUCCAAAAUGGAGAAAUAUAAUUCACCAAGAUUAGCCGAAUUAAUGUACUAACUAACAGGUUGUGGAUAGUCUAAAUCUCCAUUUGUUUAUUUCACUCAACACAAUGACGUAUUAAAUGCUAAAUACAUUGGUGCCUUCAAAAUGGAGAAAUAUAAUUCACCAAGAUUAGCAGAAUUAAUGUACUAACUAACAGGUUGUGGAGAGUCUAAAUCUCCAUUUGUUUAUUUCAGUCUAACACAUUGACGUAUAAAUGCUAAAUACAUGUAAUAUUAAAAUGACAUCACGGUUGUAACAAUGGAACUGUGGCAAACUGUAUUAAACAUUAUUUCAGAUAGGA